CCAUUCUCAAGAAUUUUCAUACUAUGCAGUAAAAAUUUAACAGAAAAUAAUCUUUAUGAAAGUUUUAAAACAUUUGGUACCAUUGAAUCAUGUAGAAUUGUUAUAGAUAAAGAAACCAACGAGUCAAAGGGUUAUGCUUAUAUUAAAUAUUCAAAAACAUCAGCUGCAGCUUUGGCAAUAGAGGAAAUGAAUGGUAAAAUACUAAAUGCUGAUAUCACAAAAACACCAAUCAAAGUACUAAUUGCAGAAGCUAAAGGGACCAAGAAUAAACCACUUUUAUCAACUGAUCCAGAGGACCAUCCACCCAACUCUCGUCUCUUUGUUGUGUGUAAUAAAAAUAUAACAGAAGAAGAAUUAAAUAAUAAAUUUAAAGAUUUUGGUAAUCUGGAACAUGUUAAAUUAAUUCGUGAAAAACACUCUAAUGAAUCAAAGGGUUGUGCUUUUGUAAAAUAUUCAAAAUCCUCAACAGCAUGUAUUGCAAUGGAAACCAUUAAUGAAGAAGAGGGUUUGAAAAAUGGUGAAGAGCAUCCAAUAAAAGUUUUUAUAGCCCAACCAAAAGUUAAAUACAAUAAACAACAACAACAACAACUUUUAAAUCAAGAUAACCCAAAUGAAUUAAUGAUAAAAAAAUUUAAUAAUAUUUUAAUUGAUAAUAACUCCCAAUCAAAUAAUAAUACACAAUUAACCAACAGCAUUUCAAGACAAAGGCUAUUUGUUGUUUGUCACAAAUCAAUUUCACAAGAGAAUCUUUAUCGUUUAUUUUCAAGAUAUCCAGGUAUGGAAUAUUGCGAUUUAAAGAAAGAUAAAAACAAUGGAAAAUCUAAAGGAUUUGCAUAUGUUAACUAUAGCACUCCAGCAGCAGCAUUGAUGGCAAAAAAUGAACUUAAUGGUAUCAAAUAUCCACCAGGACAUACCCUUAAAGUAGUUUUUGCUGAA